AAGAAAAUAUAAAACGCAAGCAAGCUACUACUUUACCAGCCUUCAUUGAAAGCCAUUUCCGCCAUCGCUGAGUUCCAAAGCUCUCAAGCCGUAACUCGUCCGGUUCAGCUCGGUCAGAGUCAGAGUCUUGAGCUACUGGUCCAAAAAGGUAAAAAUUCUCAUCCCCGCACUGUCUCUGUUCUCAGGCUUAAAAUGGCUUGAAAUCUGUUGUGUUCGAUCUUUGUGCUCUCUGUCCUGCACUUUCUGCUAUAUUUGAAACUUCAUCCAAUCUCUGCUUGGUCGUCAGCUUCUUAAAGUUUCUUCCUUUUUGAGCUAGUUGGUUAUUUGGAUCUGAUAUUUUAAUGGGUUUUGGCUCACAGUUGAAUCUUGUUCUCUUGUUAUGCGUGGGUCUUGAUUGAUAUUCUUUUAUCUGAAAACUGGAGAUUUCAUGAGUUAAUAUUUCUAAGCUCUGAUCUUGAUUUGAGUGUUCAGAAACUCAGAUCUUUGCGUUAAUCGUUGUUUUCAACUCCGAGAUUGAACUUGGCCCUCAAUUUCUUCGAGUCAUAUGCGUCUUCUUGGCUCUGACUGAUUUCGUCAGUGAUUCAAUCUCCUUCCAAAUCAGAUCCAAAGAAAAAUUUACAAGUUUUUACUCUGAAACUGUAGCUGAGCGGCUAGAAUUUUGAAUUUUGAGAUGAGGAACAGAGAUAAACUUGGUUCCUUGUCCAUACCCUUUAGUCUUUACUUGGCCCUGUCAUUGAUUCACGUAAUUCUAGCCGACAACUAUGUACCGGCCGAGAAAAUCCUCUUAGCUUGUGGGGCACCCUCGGAUACUGCCGAUAGCGAUAAUCAGAAUUGGAGCACGGAUGUUAACUCCAAAUAUCUGAUGGCGGGUGGGAAAACCACCACCUCCAAAGCCGCUACUCAGGACCCUUCGGUCCCUCAAGUCCCUUACAUGACUGCUCGGGUUUUCUACACCAAUUUCACAUAUAGCGUUCCCGUUGUAAUUGGUCGUAAAUUUGUGCGUCUUUACUUCUACCCUGCUUCCUAUGCUGGCCUAAAUGCCUCUGAUGGCCUGUUCUCUGUCACGGCUGGGUCGUAUACUCUUCUCAACAACUUCAGUGCUGCGCAAACAACACAAGCUUUGAACUUUGCUUUCAUUGUUAAGGAGUAUGUGAUCAAUGUUGAUGGUAACAAAUUGGAUAUAAGUUUCACCCCGUCGGCCAAAGCUCCAAAGGCAUAUGCUUUUGUGAAUGGGAUUGAGAUUGUUUCAAUGCCUGAUCUUUAUAGUAGUCCAAUUACUGGUUUCAUGGUUGUGGGUCAGCCUAAUAAUUAUAAUAUUGAUAACAGCACUGCGCUUGAGAAUGUGUAUCGGUUGAAUGUGGGUGGAAAUGAUAUCCCGCCCUCCCAGGAUACGGGUCUUUAUAGGUCUUGGUAUGAUGACACGCCAUACCUCUACGGGGCAGCGAUUGGGGUUGCAAUUGCUGCCGAUCCCAAAGCGACGAUCAAGUACCCGACAGGCAUGCCUACUUAUGUUGCACCAAAGGAUGUCUAUUCCACUGCUAGAUCCAUGGGGCCAAAUAAUCAGAUCAAUCUCAAUUACAAUUUGACUUGGAUUUUCUCGGUCGAUUCAGGGUUCUCUUACCUUGUUCGGCUUCAUUUCUGUGAGGUUCAGGCAAAUAUAACCAAGUUGAAUCAAAGAGUGUUUGACAUCUUCCUUUAUAAUCAAACUGCUUUUCCUGGAGCGGAUGUUAUUGCUUGGGCAUCAGGGCAAAAUUAUGUUCCAGUUUAUCAGGAUUAUGUGGUUUUUGUUCCAAAUGGAAGUCCACAGCAGAAUUUGUGGGUUCAACUGCAUCCAGACCGAACUGAGAAGCCCAAUUAUUACGAUGCAAUCUUGAAUGGAGUGGAGAUAUUCAAAAUUAGUGACGCAAAUGGUAAUCUGGCGGGGCCUAAUCCCAUUCCUGCUCCUAUACAGGAUGUAGUUGACCCAUCAAGGGCUAGACCAUCAUCCGGUAAUGGUAAAACAAAGAAUCAGAUAGCAAUUAUCAUUGGGGGUGUUAGUGGUGGAAUUGUCUUAGCCAUUGUUGUUGGUUUCCUUCUUAUUGCUGCUAUCCGCCGCCGAAGGCAUGGGAAAGACUCAAGUUCGAGUGAAGGUCCUUCAGGGUGGCUUCCGCUUUCUCUAUAUGGCAAUUCUCAUUCGGCAGGUUCUGCCAAGACAAACACUACAGGUACUGGAAGUUAUGCGUCUUCGCACCCUUCGAACCUUUGCCGCCACUUCUCAUUUGCUGAGAUCAAGGCUGCCACCAAGAAGUUUGACGAGGCUCUACUUCUUGGGGUUGGAGGUUUUGGUAAAGUUUACAAGGGAGAAAUUGAUGGUGGAGCAACCAAAGUAGCUAUCAAGCGUGGGAACCCGCUCUCUGAACAAGGAGUACACGAGUUUCAAACUGAGAUUGAAAUGCUUUCGAAACUUCGUCAUCGCCACCUUGUUUCAUUGAUUGGCUAUUGCGAAGAAAACUGCGAAAUGAUUCUUGUUUAUGACUACAUGGCUCAUGGAACGCUGCGUGAGCAUCUUUACAAGACCCAAAAGCCUCCGCUGCCAUGGAAGCAAAGGCUUGAGAUAGGCAUUGGAGCUGCUCGGGGUUUACACUAUCUCCAUACUGGUGCCAAGCACACCAUCAUCCACCGAGAUGUUAAGACAACUAACAUUCUCUUGGAUGAGAAGUGGGUUGCCAAGGUUUCAGAUUUUGGGUUAUCAAAAACAGGUCCUACAUUGGAUAACACACAUGUCAGCACUGUUGUUAAGGGAAGUUUUGGAUAUUUGGAUCCAGAGUACUUCCGGCGACAGCAACUGACUGAUAAAUCUGAUGUUUACUCAUUUGGGGUUGUUCUUUUUGAGAUCCUGUGUGCUCGCCCAGCACUGAACCCAACUCUUCCAAAGGAGCAAGUGAGCUUGGCAGAGUGGGCUGCGCAUUGCCACAAGAAAGGCAUUCUGGAUCAGAUCAUCGAUCCUUAUCUGAAGGGGAAGAUUGCACCUGAAUGCUUCAAGAAGGUUGCCGAGACUGCAAUGAAGUGUGUGGCUGAUCAGGGCAUUGAAAGGCCAUCAAUGGGUGAUGUGCUGUGGAACCUUGAGUUUGCAUUGCAGCUACAGGAGAGUGCAGAGGAGAGUGGCAAUGGUAUGGGCGGAACAGACAUCGAGGAGGAGCCAUUUGUGCCCUUUAAAGGGAAACAAGAUCCCGACGCAACCCCAGGUUAUGAUGGUAAUGUCUCAGACUCGAGGAGCACCGGAAUGAGUAUGAGCAUUGGUGGUCGGAGUCUAGCCAGUGAAGACUCCGAUGGGUUGACACCAAGUGCUGUGUUCUCACAGAUCAUGAACCCGAAAGGACGUUGAUCAAUCACUGAGUAAGGCAAUAUAUGCUUUCUUCUCUUAAUCAAGCACGUAGUCAUAUUUGUUUUUUAUUUGUUUUCUCAUAUUUAUUUACUUGUUGAUUUUUUUUGGCAUGAAUAUGUUUUGAUAAGGUUAGUUCCAAUUUGUAUCUACCACCAAAAGAGUGUAAAAAUAAUGUUAUGUACUUUCACUUGCUUUGGAUUUACAUAUUAUUAACUCUUUGUUUACCCA